AUGAAUGACACAGUUUCAGAACCCUUUUCAGCCUUGUAUACAUCACUUCGUCUUUGUAAAGACAAAAAAUAUAUCCGAGUCUUGGAUUUUGGUGGGAGCUCGCAACUACACCAAUCCGGCAGCUCCGAUGCUAGCCAGAAUCAUCCAUAUGAGUUACGCUGCCAGUUACGAGUCGUCGAUCUUGACGAGAAUCCACGCCCGAAAUUUAUUGCCCUAUCAUAUGUCUGGGGUCAGGUGUCAUCUAAGGAGCCGCGGACGAUAAGGUGCGGUAGGCACUCGAAAAUUAUAACAGACAAUUGCUGGGAAGCAUUGAGUCAACUGCGCGAUUCUCCUGACCCUGAUCGGAAUAUUGAUGGGUCUAUAACUCUGUGGGUUGAUGCAAUUUGCAUUAACCAAGCCGAUGAAGAAGAGAAGCUCCACCAGAUUCGGUUGAUGGGUGAUAUAUACUCGCAGGCUGCCUCCGUUUGCGUCUGGCUCGGUCCUGGAACACUACAAUCUGACAAAGUCAUGGACUACUUGGAGGUAGCUGGUUUUCAGAACUAUAUUGUUGGAGAUGAUAGAGCCCUUCGGCAGGGAAUAUCACCAUUGACAUAUUGGCAACUAGCUUUUAAAAUAUUCUACAACUGCAAUAUUCAAGGUUUCCUCCACCCCCGUAAUAAGCCAGGAUACCAUCAUCCUCUUGACUUUGAUAUAUUCUACAAUGUAAUCGACGGGGAACUUUCAUUAACCCAGAGUAAUGUCCGUUACGGCAUAAAUCCUAUUACUUUGGAGAAAAACCCGUCGGUUCCAAUAAGUUCGUUAUACGAUGUCAACCGAGCUGUUGAAGCAGCCGGGAGAGCAGCGAAAUCGUGGGCCGAGGUCCCCUGGGACAAACGUGUGAGCGCAAUCAGAGAAUAUGCCAGUGCCAUCGAAGAUCAAGCCGAAGACUUUGUCCGGAUCCUAAUGAAGGAGACUGGCAAGCCCAUCAAUUUGGCUCGACGCGAAAUUAGUACAUGUGUUCAAACUCUCAGGGGAUUCUGCCAGCUAUCCCUUCCUAGCGAAGUCAUCGAAGACUCCGAAGGACGCAAAGUUGUUACUCGAUACACACCUGUUGGUGUUGUGGUCGGGAUUAUCCCUUGGAAUUUUCCUGUUCAAGUCUCAUGUAUGAAGAUGACGCCUGCUAUACUGACCGGUAACGCCUAUAUAUGGAAACCAUCUCCCUAUACGCCUUAUUGCAGCCUUAAGUUUGCCGAAUUGGGUCAACGCUUUUUUCCUCCUGGUGUGCUCCAAGCCUUGAGUGGGGAUGGCGAUUUGGGACCUUUACUAACCGAACAUCCGAAUAUUCAAAUGGUGAGCUUUACCGGUAGUACUUUGGUGGAAAAAAAGGUGAUGGAAUCCUGUAGCAAGACAGUGAAGCGAGUGGUACUGGAAUUAGGCGGUAAUGAUCCAGCUAUCGUUUGUGCCAACGUCGAUCCUACCUCUGUGGCGAUAAAAAUCGCCUCUGUCGCUUUCUCGCACUCGGGCCAGCUAUGCGUAGCGACGAAACGAAUUUACGUCCACGAAGCAGUUUAUGACGCGGUUCUAGCUGCGAUGGUCGAGUUUGUGAAAACCUUGAAGUUGGGCUCCGGCGAGGACGCUUAUACAGGGCCAAUAUCCAAUAUAGAUCACUUUGAGUAUGUCAAGGACUUACUCGCGAAUGUCGAAAGCUCAAAGCUUACGGUCGAAACGGGGAGCACGAAGCCCCUAUCCGAUAUGAACGGUUACUACAUUAUCCCAACAAUCAUGGAUAACCCACCAGAGGACGCACGGGUUGUUAUAGAAGAGCAGUUUGCGCCUGUUCUUCCCCUGAUGAAAUGGUCAGAUGAAGCCGAUGUCAUUUCCAGGGCUAACAACACCAACAUGGGCCUUGGUGCAUCGGUGUGGAGUCGAGAUAUGGACCAAGCUGAGCGUUUGGGGAAGCAGCUUCAGGCUGGUAAUAUUUGGAUUAACACACACGCUGAGAUCCAAACUACUACCCCAUUUUCAAGUCACAAGCAGAGCGGACUCGGAAUUUCUAUGGCAGUCGAUGGCCUUAAAGCAUGUUGCAAUGUACAGAGCAUAUACACUCGCCUAGCCGAUAGCACCACAUAA